UGGAUUUUUUAGAUGGUAGAUGAUGAUUCCAGGAUUUAUGUCAUGGUCUAUCAUAACUUAACUACAUAAUUUGUUCAAAUUUUUAUCACGUUUACGUACGAUAUUUUUAAAAUUGUCUUCGGUAUACCAUUUUAUUUUAAGAUUUUAGGACAAUGGCAUUGACUGAUGAUGAUGAUUUUACUUCAGAGCAAUUUGCGUUACGUUGGAAUGAUUUUUCAAAUAAUUUAUCCCACGGUUUUUCGGCGCAUUUAAAUAAUAAAGAUCUAGUUGAUGUCACUUUAGCUAUUGAAGGAAAAUUAUUGCAAGCGCAUAAAUUGAUUUUAUCGGUUUGUAGUACAUACUUUCAAGAAAUAUUCAAGGUGAAUCCAUGCCAUCACCCGGUAGUAAUACUUAAAGACAUGAAGUACAAUCAUGUCGAAGCUCUGGUUAAAUUUAUGUACCAAGGAGAAGUAAAUGUCAAGCAAGAAGAGCUCGGUAAUUUUCUAAAAGUCGCGGAAGUACUUAAAGUCAAAGGUCUUACUUUAGAAACCGAUAGAAUAGAAUUAGACGAACUUCCAACAAAUGGCCAAGGAGAGCACGAAGUUAAAAAUUUGAAAGUUAAACAAGAGAAAAAUAAAAAAAGAGCACAAGAUACUCAGUCGAGUAAAAAUCCUAAGAGAUCUCGCGAUUCACUUAAAACUUUAAAAACUGACUCUGAGGAUGACAAAGAUUGUGGUGAAAAUUUAGUAGAUCCAGCUGAUGAACCAAAUAAUGGUGAAUCUGAAGAUUUGAUCAAAGAAUGUGAUGAUUUAAAUGACGAUGAUCUAUUGACUGAUGACAUGACUGAUAACAUCCCAGUAGAACCAAAUAUCGGACCAGUGACAUACAGACUAUCUGCCAGAGGACGACCCCAAUUAGUGUACGAAGGAUUUGUUUACAACUUGACAUCGCGUUCAGAAAUAUUGAACCGCUCGCACUACCGCUGUGCCGAGCAGCAUCGUGGGUGUCGUGGCAAAUGUGCGGUAAUCGCUGAGAGAUUUAUGCCAACAGGAGUUAAAGACCACAAUCAUCCUCCCGGUUAUCUCUCCGAAGAGGAUUAUCGCAAGAAAAAGUUAUGCGAUGAUUGAGAAAUAUUUUAAACUUAAAAAUUACGGGUACUCAGAUACAUUUGUAUCAGAAUUUUUUUACUCAGACAUUCCAUAGCAAAGUAAUUUACAUGUUACUUGAUUUAAUAACAGACACCAAGAGAAUUUUACCAAUGUACUUUAAUUUUAAUUGACUAAGAUAAGAGUAAUUAAUUUUUAAUUG